AUGUGCCCAGGAGCAGAUAUGUUUCUCGAGUGGCGACAUAUUUGUGAUGGGUUCACUCAGUGUGAAAAUGGGGCUGAUGAGCUUGAUUGUCAGCUGUUGGAAUUUUUCAAAUGUGAAACAAAUGAAUUUCAAUGUCGCAAUGGAAUGUGUAUUCCAAUCGAGUUUGCCUUCGAUGCAACACCUGAUUGUAUGGAUCGGAGUGAUGAGCAAGCACUUGAUGAACUCUACACACGGUACUAUCAGUGCACAACACAGUCGAUGUUCGAGUGCGAUGACCGACUGUGUCAUAAAGACCAGUUUUCAUGUGGAAAUGGUGAAUGCAUUCCAUGGACAGCAAUUCUGAACGACCAGAAAGAUUGUGGUAACUUUCGUGAUAUCGCCUACAUCUGCGAAACAUCAAACUUGGUAUUAGCAACUCGUGGAGAAUGGCCUAGUAUCUGUAAACAAACGACGGAACUUGUUCCUCCUUUGACAAAUAGUUCAGACUGUCGACAAACUCUUGGACAUUUACUACAAACUCACCCUUCUCAACAACUCAGAGAUCUUGCCAGCAUCAAUCUCAGAACUCGUUGCGAUGAUCUCAUCCUAUAUCUAGAACAGAAUGCUUUCUUUCCAGUAAUGAAUCAAUCGUUGAAUAAUAUAAAAACUGAAAAUAAUUUGGAUUCGUCAACUCCACCACCAUUCCAUCGAUGCAAAAAUACAUCAGAUCGCUUGUCAUUACGUCGAAUCAAUGAUGGUUAUAUCGAUUGUCUUUAUGGCGAUGAUGAAAGAAACCCUGAUUAUCCAAUGACUCAACGAUAUCGUUAUCAAUGUCAAACUGUCACAUCCCCAUCUCAAUAUGUCAGUUAUGCUAAAUUAGGUGAUGGCGUGGAUGAUUGUGCCGACGGAAGUGAUGAGGUAUCCAAUGAGAUACGUUGGUCGACUUUCAACUGUGAUGUGAAUGAUAACUAUGCAUGUUGGGUUUUUCAAGGCGAUCAGUUCGGAGAGAAUCGUCUAAAAGACGCCCGACUUCAUUUUCAUCGUUAUUGUGAUUCGAACUGGGAUAUAAUGGAUGGUCGAGACGAAAAGAAUUGCACAGAUUGGAUGUGUGAUACUGGCUUAUAUAAAUGUAAUAGAUCUGGACAGUGUAUCGAGCGAAAAUAUAUUUGUGAUGGUGAAUUCGACUGUGAUGAUGGUGAAGACGAAAUAAAUUGUUCUUUACCAUGGAUACCAUGGAAUCUCGAAGUGAAAUGCAACAAGACCACUGAAUUUUUCUGCAUCACUGAUGAGUAUAUUAAGAAUCAAAGUUUGAAUCGUUCUUGUAUUUCUCGGCAUCAAGUGGGUGACGGGUAUAUUGAUUGUACUGGAGGUCGUGAUGAACGUAACGUUGCAUCGUGUCCUGAUCAUCGAAUGGUUGGUGAUCGUUUCUUGUGCGAUAAUGGAAGGAAAUGCAUCGAUUACAUAGCAGUAUGCAAUGGAAUCAAGGACUGUGUGGACGAAACUGAUGAGUCAAUUUGCUAUUGGAAUACUGGCUAUUGCCCUGCUGGCCAGUUUUCCUGUGCGGACCAAAAAGGUUGCAAGAGUACGAGGUGUACAACAGGAAUGACAUGCAAUGAUAAGUCCCAUCGUUUCUGGUGUCCGAAUUCAACUAGUGAAAAUUAUAUCUAUCGCUCGAGUAAGGAUAGAUCGAUAUUUGAUAUUAAAAAAGGAUGUUACAAUCAAUUGGAAUCCCACACCAAACUUUCUAUUUCAUCGUCAUCCUCAAAUCAUCAAGUGAAAGCAUUAGAUGACCGAUACUUCUACUGUAAUCGAGGUUUUUAUCUGCAAGCAAUCGCUAGUUCCGAACUCUUCUGCUUUUGUCCGCCGACUUUUUACGGCGAUCGUUGUCAAUUCAUCAGUCGACGAGUGGCCAUUCGGCUUCGUUUCGAUCGAAGGCAACGCCCUGAUCUUCCACUUAUUUGGAACGUCCUUGUCACACUUGUUCUAAACGGAAGCACAGUAGUUGAUCAUCAAUUUUUUCUUGAUGAAGCUAAAGAAUACUCAUCAAAGUCUACUACCUACUUGAUCUAUCCUCGACCGAAGCCUCCGGGUACCUAUUCUGUUCGAAUUGAGGCCUAUCAUUCUACAGAAUUAAUCCAUUUCUGGGAAUAUCCUGUCAGUCCACUGGACUUUUUGCCUGUACUACGCAUUGCCAAAGUGCUUCGAUUUCCUGCUCGUUCAUUUCCCUGGCUUUGUUCACACAACUAUUGUGAAAACAAUGGAACCUGUCAUCAACGAGAGGACAACCGAUUCCUCUGCAUUUGUGCAUACGGUUGGAAAGGUAAACUGUGCGAGAUGAGAACGGAGCACAUUCAUUGUGCGUCGCAUUCACUGGCACGAACAGAAACUAUCUGUGUUUGUUCGCAAGGCUAUCUCGAACCUUACUGUUACGUUCAGAAUCUAAAGUGUCAACCACACACUUGUGAAUUGAGUGAAACUUGCAUUCCACGAUCACAUCUUCCUAUCUAUGGACAUACUUGUAUGUGUAACAUAUCUAAUUGUAAUGUCGACCGACCAGUGGUUAGCCUUCAUCGACAAGAGCCGAAUCAAUCACCAUUUCUUUUGCAAUUACUACAGCUUACAGGAGACUAUCCCACAAUUCGUCAACAAAUCCUCGUUCAGCCACUGACCUCGUUUCCAUUGAUUAAAACGAUUAAAACUCGUGAUAGGGAUUUUGUAAUUGGAGAACAACCUGAGAUCGGAUUACUCUUCACUUUUGAAUCAAAUGCACAUUCAAUCGAGACCACAUUAUAUUUGUUGUUUAUCAAUUGUUCUAAUACGAUGCGAAACUUUUCCGUUGAUCUUGAUCAACAACUAAACAAAUGUUAUGUUCUACCCGAACAUCAAAGACAUGCUGUUACCUUGUUUGGCAACUUUUGCCAAAGUUUCACCUAUGGUAGUUGCUUUAUAUCUGAUGGAUAUCUCUGUUACUGUGGUUAUCCGAAUAAAAACCAGAGUAAUUGUCUUUCUUAUCAACGGCGAUACACGGUAUGUAACUAUUGUCAAAAUCAAGGGCACUGUGUUCAAGGUGAUCUAACAAACAGAACUGAUUUUACUUGUGUGUGUCCAAAGUGUGUCACAGGUGUGCUGUGUCAGUUUUCACCUAGUCGUUUCUCCAUAUCGCUAGAAUUUCUCAUUGAAAAAGCGGACUGGGGUCGCGCACAUUUUAUCGCACCGGUAAUUCUCUUCAUCGCCGGAAUGUUCUUUAACUGCUUGUCUAUUACCACUUUCGCACAACGAAAACCACGUAACAAUGGAGUGGCUCUUCAUCUUCUGGCAACGUCAGUGUUUAGUUUGUUGGUGCUGUUAUUGUUACUUGUACGGAUUAGCUAUCUCUAUAUGGUACGACGUAUCAUAAUCUCGAAUGAAGUAAAUACAGUCGUAUGCAAGAGUCUACCCAUGCUCAUGUACACUUUCUACUAUGUCACUUUGUGGUUAAUGGCUAUAGUUACAGUACAAAGAGCACUGGCUGCAGUGCAAUAUUCUCGAUGGUCUUCGUUGCAAGAGCCAAAGAAAGCAGUUUCAUUGAUCUUGGGGAUUGUAUUGAUUGUUUCAAGUUCGAAUUACAUAUUUAUCACUCAAUACAAAUUAGUCAAUCAUCCUGACUAUUCACUUCCUUGGUGUAUUCGUGAAAUUCCACCGAAUGAGCAAGUAUUGACACAAAUUUUGGCUUUGGCUCAUCAGGCAGUUCCUUUCCUGGUUAACAUUACCGCUGCAUUGAUCAUCAUUUUGACAAUCACUCGAUCUAAGGUGCAUGCUCAUGGAAAAACUACACACAAUGCUCUGAUCGAUGAAACACGCAAACUAAUCGAUCUCCUGCUAGGUCCGAUUUUUUGUUUUAUAGCACAGUUAGCUGGGAUCGUGAUACUUUUUCUGAAUGCUUGUGAUUAUGAUACCAAUGCAUGGUUCUCCAAAAUAACUUUGCUUAGCUACUACAUCGCAUUCGCACCACAAACAAGUAUUUUCUUUCUCUAUAUUGUACCUUCGAGCCAGUAUUACAGUAUAUUUUUGAAAGACUGCUGGUUAGGUAAAUAUCUAUCGAACAUGAUAAAAUCAUCGACCGCUCUUUUUAAGUGGAAACACUAAGAAAUGCAAGUGUAAUAGUCUAGAUGAUCGUUUUUACAACAUGAAAACUAGAAUAUUCGUUGUGGGCCUUAUCAAUGUCUUCAUCAUUUCCUUCAUAAAACUCAUUAAACCUUAAUAAACAGAGAAAAUGCAAUCUCACAAGAAAAACUACUAAUUCUCUAUUGUCAACACUUACUAACUUACAUGUUUUUCCUUUCUUGUUUAUUAUAUCUAACAACCAUAAAAAUAAAAAAAAGAAAAAGUAGACUAUCUGUACUUAUUGUGCAUUUCAAUCGAAUUCUUUCUGUAUUUAUUUUAUAACAGUUACUUGAAUCGAUUUCUCUGUUGUAUUUAUUAUUGUUCCAUCUCGUAUUCUCGUCGGUGCUUUUAAUACUGAUCCAACUUCAAAUAUACUUAUUUUCUUUUACUCGAACAUUGGCCAUGUGGUUUAUUGUACUUGCACGGAUGUAUAUAUUUUCCCAUAGUUCAUUAAAUAUUAAACUUCAUACUUUAAAUACAGUUAAAUUUGUUCGACGAACUAUAUGUACUUGCACAAUACUUCAUAUUCUUGCUGAGGGGUGGGUACGCGUGUUUCAUUCAUCUAUCGCUCGCAUCCCACCCUCACUCACACCCACGCCCACACCCACACCCACACCCACACCCAUCCACACCUACACCCUCACACGUACAUCCAAAAACUGUAAUUAUUGGUAAUUACUGAUUAAUCUAAAGAUCUAUUAGAAAUUGUCAAGGUUACUGCAAUUAGAAUGAGGGCCAAGAAAAAUGCAAAUGAAAUACACUGACAAAUAAAAAUAAUC